AUGAUCAGCCACGCAGCUUUCCUCCUGGGACUUCUUGGGGCUUUGCCCAUGGGAUAUGCGGUCCCCAUGCCUCAAAUGGGCGAUUAUGGAGAAAACGACGGGCCGGUGGGAGGAAUCAGCCCACCCAUUCCCACAGUCACAAGCCCUACCGGAAACCUGAGGGGCGAUUCGAGCCUUCUCGGAGGCAAUGCCCCGCGGCCCGACCCAGACCAGUCCGACUCGGCAAUCGUCAACGACCUCCAGCUCGUCCCGGGCCAGAAGGCAGACGGCAAACUCGGCCUGUACCUCAACUUCGAUGGCGUCGACGUCCCGCAACCCAUCCGCGGGGAACUAGGAUCCCCGGAUCCCGGCCCAAGAACGUAUGCGUACGAAAAGCUUAACCCCGAUCUGUUUGCCCCUCCCGGCACCGACAAGGGCGACGUCAAGAACGCCAUGUGGCCCCUGGGUCUCUCGCAUAACCGGCUCGGCAGCCAAGACGGAGCCGGCUGGGCGCGUCAGCAGAAUUCUGAUGUGCUCCCCGUUGCGUCGGCGAUGGCCGGCGUGGACAUGAAGCUGCAGCCCAACGCUUAUCGCGAGUUGCACUGGCACACGUCAGCUGAGUGGGCUCUUGUGCUCAAGGGAUGCUGCCGCAUUGCCGCCAUGAAUGAGGAUGGCAAGAGUAUCGUGGACGAUAUCUGCGCCGGUGACGUUUGGUUCUUCCCUGCCGGCGUGCCCCACAGCAUUCAAGCCUUCGACCAGGGUGUUGAGUUCCUUCUGGUCUUCGACCAAGGCGACUUCAGCGAAGAGAACACCUUCUUGAUGACCGAGUUGAUGCUGAGAAACCCCAUCUCCGUUCUCUCCAAGAACCUGAAAGCAGAUGUCUCCGAGUUCGCCAACAUCCCUAAGGAUCAGCUCUACAUUUUCAAUGGAACCCCCCCACCUAAGGAUAUCCAAGAGCAGAACCAGACCUCCUCUGCUGGAGCUCUCACCGGGGACGAGUCCUACACCUACCACUGGUCGCAACAAAAGCCUUUCGAAGUUCCGGGUGGCUCCGUCAAGAUCCUCGACCCUCUCACCUUCCCCAUCGCGGAGAACUUCUCUGCCGCUCUGGUUGUUGUCCAGCCUGGCGCCAUGCGCGAGAUCCACUGGCACACCACUAGCGAUGAGUGGAACUACUUCCUUCAGGGUUCCGGCCGCAUCACCGUCUUCCAGGCCCCUGAGGCUUCCCGCACCUUUGACUUCACUGCUGGCGACGUUGGAUACGUGAAGGUCGGCGACAGUCACUACAUCGAGAACACCGGUACCGAGGACGUCAUCUUCCUUGAAGUCCUCCAGGCCACACGAUUCACGGACAUCAGCGUUGCUCAGUGGUUGGCCCUGACGCCCAAGCAGGUCGUCAAGGAUACUCUUGGCUUCUCGGAUGCUCUCAUCGACUCAUUCCCGAAGGAGAAGGAGUACAUCAAGGUCGGCCCGACCAACAUGACGGCAGUGGCCAGCAGUGGUAAGAACUUCAAGGCUUAG